AUGAGUUUGCCUAAGAGAAUAUUAAAAGAAACUGAACGGCUGAUUGCAGAUCCACCUCCAGGAAUUGUUGCAGAACCAUGUCAAGAGAAUUUAAGGUAUUUUAAAAUAAAGAUCCAAGGUCCGGAGCAAUCUGCCUAUGAAAAUGGAAUAUUUUGUUUAGAAUUGUUUCUUCCAGAGGAGUAUCCUAUGGUAGCACCUAAAGUUCGUUUUUUAACAAAGAUUUAUCAUCCAAAUAUUGAUAGACUUGGAAGAAUAUGUAUGGAUAUUUUGAAGAAUGCAUGGUCACCCGCUUUACAAAUACGAACGGUGUUAUUAUCUAUUCAAGCUCUUUUAUCAACACCUAAUCCAGAUGAUCCAUUAGAUCAGUCUAUAGGACAAGAAUUUUUAUGUAGUCGUGAAACAUUUGAUGCUACUGCUAAGGAAUGGACACGUUUAUAUGCAAAAAUUAAAAAUUGA